UCCGCCAGGCCCCUCAGUGCCUCUCCUCGCGCAGCCGCCGCCAAAGCCUGGAGAAGUGGAAUCUUGCCGCCGCUGCUCCCUGCGCGGGCCUCGCGGAGCCGCACUGGGCAUGCUCAGUCGCCGGAGCCAGUGCUGCUCUAAGUAGGAAGCUCGCGUGCUGCAACCCGCAGCUGAUCUGGGCGCUCAGCGGACUGCGAGACCUAGGAGCCGGAGCCGGAGCCGAUAGAGCGUCGCGUAGCGCUGGUUGGAGCGUCUGCCGGGGAGCUGCUGUGCUCUCUAGCCAAGCAUGCUGUGGUCGGAUCUGCCCAGCCCUGGACUAGAGACCUUUGCUGGAUGGAAAAUCUAUAAACGAAAGCCCCUGUGAAAAGCUGACUCCGACGCCGACUCAAGUGCUCCCAGCAGCUAGCCAUCACACUGUUUCCAGAGUCCUUGGGAGUUCCGGAGUUCCCUGCUAACGCGCUGACUGUCGCUAUGGGCAGAAGGUACCCACAGGCUCGCUGGUGUCCAAGCAGCUCAUAUUGCGGAUUAUAACCCAUUUCCUGCACCAUUGCUGACGCCCAGAGAUCCAUGUCAGAAGUACUUCCAGCUGACUCAGGUGUUGACACCUUGGCAGUGUUUAUGGCCAGCAGUGGAACCACAGACGUUGCAAAUCGGAACAGCCCAGCCACACCACCAAAUACCCUUAAUCUCCGGUCCUCCCACAAUGAACUGUUAAAUGCUGAAAUCAAACACUCAGAUGCCAAGAACAGCACACCCCCCAAAUGCAGGAAGAAAUAUGCACUGACUAACAUCCAGGCGGCUAUGGGUCUCUCCGAUCCAGCCGUACAGCCUCUGCUGGGAAACGGCUCCGCCAACAUCAAGCUGGUGAAAAAUGGGGAGAACCAGCUCCGCAAAGCUGCAGAACAGGGGCAGCAGGACCCCAACAAAAACAUCAGCCCCACAGCGGUCAUCAACAUAACUUCUGAGAAACUGGAGGUGAAAGAUCUCCACCCUCCGGAGUCCUCAGGCUGUGAGAUAUUGCCCUCCCAGCCCAGGAGAACUAAGAGCUUCCUCAAUUACUAUGCAGACCUGGAAACCUCGACCAGGGAUCUAGGGCAGAAUCUGGGCCCCUGCCAAGGGGUUGGGGAGGAGAAAGCCCAGCCAGGCCCAGGCCAGGCCCCUGUAGUCAUUGGGAAUGGUGACUCACUGCUGCAGAAACCAAACAGACCCCAGUCCAGCCCAGAGGAUGGCCAAGUAGCCACAGUGUCAUCCAGCCCAGAGACCAAGAAGGACCAUCCUAAAACAGGGGCCAAAACUGACUGUGCGCUCCACCGGAUCCAGAACCUGGCGCCUAGUGACGAGGAAUCCAGCUGGACAACCCUGUCCCAAGACAGUGCCUCGCCCAGCUCCCCAGAUGACACAGCAGAUAUCUGGAGUGAUCACUCAUUUCAGACGGAUCCAGACUUACCGCCUGGCUGGAAAAGAAUCAGUGAUAUUGCUGGGACCUACUACUGGCACAUCCCAACAGGAACGACUCAGUGGGAACGGCCUGUCUCCAUCCCAGUGGAUAUCCAGGGUUCUAGGAAAGGCUCACUUAGCUCUGUGACAUCAUCUCCCACCCCAGAGAAUGAGAAACAGCCAUGGAGUGACUUUGCUGUUCUGAAUGGGGGAAAGAUUAAUAGUGACAUUUGGAAGGAUUUGCACGCAGCCACAGUUAACCCAGACCCCAGUUUAAAAGAGUUUGAGGGAGCAACACUGCGCUAUGCCUCCUUGAAACUCAGAAAUGUCCCUCAUGCCGAUGACGAUGAUUCUUGUAGUGUCAACAGUGACCCAGAAGCCAAGUGUUUUGCUGUGCGCUCUCUGGGCUGGGUAGAGAUGGCAGAGGAGGACCUUGCCCCCGGGAAGAGCAGUGUUGCUGUCAACAACUGCAUCCGGCAGCUUUCCUACUGCAAAAACGACAUCCGAGACACAGUUGGCAUUUGGGGAGAGGGCAAAGACAUGUAUCUGAUUUUGGAAAACGACAUGCUCAGCCUGGUGGACCCCAUGGACCGCUCUGUGCUACACUCGCAGCCCAUCGUGAGCAUCCGUGUGUGGGGAGUGGGCCGAGACAAUGGCCGAGAGAGGGAUUUUGCUUAUGUAGCAAGAGACAAAGACACGCGGAUUCUGAAGUGUCAUGUGUUUCGAUGUGACACACCAGCAAAAGCCAUCGCCACAAGUCUCCACGAAAUCUGUUCUAAGAUUAUGGCUGAACGGAAGAAUGCCAAAGCCCUGGCCUGCAGCUCCUUACAGGAAAGGAACAAUGUGAGUCUCGACGUCCCGUUGCAAGUAGAUUUUCCAACACCAAAGACGGAGCUGGUGCAGAAGUUCCACGUGCAGUACCUGGGCAUGUUACCCGUGGACAGGCCUGUUGGCAUGGACACCCUGAACAGUGCCAUAGAAAGUCUUAUGACCUCAUCCAGCAAGGAGGAUUGGCCUUCGGUGAACAUGAACGUGGCCGAUGCCACUGUGACCGUCAUCAGUGAAAAGAGCGAAGAGGAAAUCUUGGUGGAGUGUCGAGUGCGGUUUCUGUCCUUCAUGGGUGUCGGGAAGGAUGUCCACACAUUUGCCUUCAUCAUGGACACUGGGAACCAGCGCUUUGAGUGCCACGUGUUCUGGUGUGAGCCUAACGCCGCCAAUGUGUCAGAAGCUGUCCAGGCUGCCUGCAUGUUGCGAUAUCAGAAGUGCUUGGUAGCCAGGCCACCUUCACAGAAAGUCCGACCUCCACCCCCGCCAGCAGCGGACUCAGUGACCAGAAGAGUCACAACUAAUGUAAAACGAGGGGUCUUAUCGCUCAUUGACACAUUGAAACAGAAACGCCCCGUCCCGGAGACGCCCUAGCAGCUCUGGGCUCCGGGAUUCUGUCACUUUUACCUGAAGAGCAAACGUCUACACUAAAGAAGCCGACAGCUGGCCUUCCAUUCAGUUGCUGAUGCUUUGUCUCCAGAGAAUUCAUCCUUAACCAAACAGUGUUAAGACAAGCAUGUGACCGCGUCUUGCCACCACCAUGUGCUAUGAAAAGAAGCAUGAGUUGUUUUUGUUUUCUGUUCCCGUAAGUUCCAUCAUGAGCAGUGGAAGGUCUUUUACUGUAAAUAUUGUGAGCAGGACUUCACACACUCUCCGAAGAAUGUGGCCACACCCUUCCUAGAGAACUUAAUGCUGCAUCCUUGGAGUGAAUGAUUCCCAGGUUCAUUUUCUGUCCUCUUGGUUGGAUCUGUCACAAGCAACCUUGGGGUCCCAAGCAACCUUGGGGUCCCUUGGCACUUUGCCUUGUGUUCAGCUUUUAAAACAUUCAGACCCUGAGGGACAGAUAAUCAUUGGAUUUCUGUAAAAAGAACAUUUGGGUUUUAGUUUUUCAUAAAAGUGAACCUGUCAGUUGACAAAAACUGGCUGUUGGCAUCAGUGCAGACACUAACCAGCCACUUUCCUCAGCGAGCUCUCUGAUGCAUGGACACCUCUUCAUGUCUUUGGGGUGCUGGGAAAAGGAAAACUUUAAAAUUGAUAGAAAACUAAAUUUGAGGAAUUAAAAAUCAAGCAAAAACAACAGCCUUUCUUUUCAGAUGGUUUUCAAACUGGUUAUUUAAAGAGAGAGAGAGAGAGAGAGAGAGAUUAAAAGAUUCAUAAUACAUUUGGGAUGGGACAUAUUUCAAACUUCUGCCUUACAUUGUACAAUGCAGCUAGAGAAUUAAAGUAUGCUAUGGCCAUUCUCCACCCACACCUAAAAAUGAAAUAUUCCUACACUUUCCAUCCUUAGCUUGACGAGCUAAUAUGCAAUUUAGAGUUGAGGAAAUGUCAUUUAUAUCUCUGUCACACACUAUGAUUUUAGCUCUCACUGUGUGAUUCUUGUUAGUUCACAUCCUGGAGGUAAAUGCCCUCCUAGGAUUCCCUAUCUGCCACAAGCUUUUGCUAUGCUUUUUGUCCAGAAAGCUGUCUAGCCAUCAUAUAGUGUCCAUGGCAACAAAUUUAAGUUGUACUUUCCUUGAACUUAUGUAUUUAAUAUUAGAAAUUUGCUAAGACUUGACUAGAUAUGUUUUAAAACUUCUAUUUUUCCAUUUUACUUUCAAAAGAUUUAAUUUUUUCUUAUCUGAGAACAAUAGACACAGAAAUAAUGGAUUGUUUGAUAGUGUUCCCCAAUUAUCAUUUUCUUGCCUCUUUUUAUGUAGCUAAGAAACCUAACUAUAAAGAUACACAAAUUUAGACUCUCGUUGACAUUAUUUUAAAAGGAGGUUGCAAAGAUCAAUCUUUUAUUACUCUUGUUUACUUUUAAUGUCAAAAUUAAUAUUGUUAUAAAAGUAAUGCUUUGUGUUUCUGCGCUGCUCUGCAGAUGCCCGCAGUUUUAUCACAGUCGAGCCUUACAAGGUAGAAAAGGUACCAAACUCACUGAAGAAAUCAGAUACACAGGGUUUUGUACCAAGAGGUUGAGUGGCCAAGGAUCUCACCCAAGUUCCUGAGAGCCAGAACCAGGACCACGUCUCCCAGCUUCUGCCACCUUAUGCCUCUUCCACACAGUCAGGAAGACCCUUCACAGAUGACUCUAGGUCCAUACACAAAACAGAUAAGGAAAAUACUAUCAGGCAAUUUCAGAAUCCCCAAGUGUGUUAAGGAAAACGUCCAGUUAAUCUCCACAGUGGCAUUUAUUGUUAAGACCAUUGUCCUUUCUCAGUCCAGGACUGCGUUCCUCAGCAGCCUUCCCAAGCUGAGAUUUUUCUAGAUAUUAUAUUACUUGUGUAGAAACCUUCCUGACUGUGGCACUUAGCAGCCACAGACUGUGUUGAAGUGAGUGUGUUCCACCUGCGGGUCCCUCAGAAAACCCAUGGCAUCAAAUGCAGAGAACCUGUACUGUUCUCUAGCAUCCACACACUACAAUAAAAGUGAUGUUCCUUGAGAAAAAAAAUGCAUUAAUACUUGGUGCCAACUUGCAUACUAGCUGAAGUAACUAGUGCCAUCUGAGAGAUUUCUGAGUUAAGAAAACCUUAUUGUGCCCAGAGAAAAACUGUCCAGAAUCCAGUUAUGGUCUCUCAUUUUGAGCUUCAUGGUGAAAUGUUUUAAUGCACUCCACUUCAAAACUCUAAAGUAAUCCCUGUUUCUAUAGGACGUCUCCAGCCAAACCCUGUUCGUCUUUAAGACCUACAUUUGUUUGUUUUCGGGAUCAAGAAUACUGAGCUAGCUUUAAGUAGCAAACUGAUUUAUAUAUGCAAUUUUAGGACUCAGUAAGAGGAAUGAUAGCCUUUACACAGGAAAAAACUCUUACUGUGGCUGUUUUGUUUCGAAAGUAGCUUUGCCUACUAAAUGCAGGUUGAUUUUUGUAAAAUGAAUUAUGUUAAACAGUGUAUUCAGACAACUUUCUGCCAUGGCCAAAAAGUAUGUGUGAACGUGUGUUUGCAUUUGUUUGUGAAAGGGUGCCUGCGAUCUUAGUGACUUCAGUUAUCUAUGCAUUCUUUAGAUCCGGGAUUCGGGAACAGGCAGCCGUGUUCACUAAGCCUUGUGUGUCUUAGCAUUUUUUUAAUUAACCUGUUAAAUACAGCUUAAAAUAUUUUUAUUUUAUUUAUUCUAUUUUUACUGAAAUAUGGCGCAUUGUUGUGUUAAUGUAUUCUCUUUCCUGGGUAUAACGUCAGUUACCUGGGUCUAAUUAAUCUCAGUGAACUACAUUGCCUACAAGGUGGUUUUGUAAUGAUUUGUAGUCACAUUUUUAUUGGAAUAUGUAGAAGCAAGGGCAGAAUGCUUAAAGUUCCUUUUAUUUUUUAAAAGUAACUAGGUAGGAGUGCUCUGCCCACCUUCCCUGUGCUCCGGGGCAGCAUUACCGUGGUAGCCAACAUGCCUGUGGCUAAGGGCAUGUCUUCGUAGAUAGACUAAGGCACUGUGCGGUGCUUUGUUUUUAUAUCCUUCACAACUUGCGUGGCGUCAUCAAAGAGCUACACAUCCAUCCACGUGCCCUUUGUUUCCACCUGGAUUCAGGAUCACCCGUGGCUAAUUAGAACCAUUGUUUCAUUUGUUUGUCUGUCUGUCUCACUGCAUGAAGGGACAUUAGACCCAUUUCCAUUAAAACAAAUUCUUGGUGAUACAACUGUUGGCACUGCUACCUUUUUUUAAAAUACACAUUAGGCAUUUAAGAAGGACACAGAACAAACCACUCAGAACAGGACCACUUACGUGUAGACCCAACGCUUCCCUUACUGUAGGGCACACUCCCUGUAUGAGCAUUGCAACGCAAGACUUCACAAACCACGUGGGAAAAUGUCUCCCUAACAUUAGCACAAUUUAAUCAAGCCAAAAGCUCUCGAGUUGGCCAGGUUUAACCUAACCUCCUAACAUCCGACAUGCUCACAGCCAGUAAGAAAGCAAUUGAACUUGUUUAGGCAUACUGGGGGUGUGGCUCAGUGGUAGAGCACUUGCGUAAGAUGUGCAGGGCUCUGAGUUUAAGCCUUGGAACCAUGAAGCGGGGGGGGGGGGGGGGGGGUUGCACUUCAAGGCAAAGAUCUUUGCUUGCACCAACUGUGAGAGCAUUGCCAGGCAGCCACAUCAGCCACUUCCUCCUAAAAGGACAUCUUGUUUUCUUUUUGAUGCCUUUUGCUGUUGACCACAUUUGCACAUUUAAAUGUAAGAUGUUGUGAGAAUAAAUGUAGCUGCGUACAAGGUUUGACUCGUUUAUCUGCCAGCACGGCCACAUAUAUAAGAAACAGAUGCAAACCUAGUGUCUCUACAGUAGUUAUUUUAUUUUUGUAUUAUUCUUACUUCAAAUUAAACUUUUUAAAAAUCA